UUUUUUGGAAAAAGAAAGAUAAAACUUCCUUCUUCUACAGAAAUCACAGCGAUAUAGCGAAGCAUCAAAAUGGAUCUCUGAAUCUGUAGCUGAGAAAGUCAGUGAUCCUUCAAUUACUCACAAUCUGCCUUAGCUUCUCCAUCUUCGUCUUGCUGCGAGUUGGUGUUGAAGAUGUCUUCAGCUCAAGAUCCUUUUUAUAUUGUCAAGGAGGAAAUUCAAGAAUCUAUUGACAAGCUCUUGUCCACGUUUCAUCAAUGGGAGCAAACUUCUGCCGGAAGUAGUGAGCAAGUACAUCUUACCAAAGAACUUCUUGCCUCAUCUGAGAGCAUUGAGUGGCAGGUGGAUGAAUUGGACAAAACAAUUGAUGUUGCAGCAAGAGAUCCUUCUUGGUAUGGUAUUAAUGAUAUUGAGCUUGAUAAGAGAAGAAGAUGGACCAGCAAUGCCCGUGCUCAAGUGGGAAGCAUGAAGAAAGCUGUAGUAGCUGGAAAACAGUCAAAUGGGACAAGUACAUCUAAUCUGAGUGGGAUGCGGCGAGAACUGUUGAGAUUGCCAGAUUCUGAUCAGAAAGAGAGAUCCAAUGCAUACAAUGCCCGAGAUAAUGAUGACUUCAUAUCAUCAGAAUCAGAUAGACAAUUACUUCUUAUGAGGCAACAGGAUGAAGAACUAGACGAGCUUAGUGCCAGCGUAGUCAGAAUUGGAGAUGUUGGGCUCACCAUACAUGAUGAACUUCUUGCACAUGAGAAGAUCUUAAGUGAGUUGGACACGGAGAUGGACAGUACAUCCAAUCGUCUGGAUUUCGUUCAGAAAAAGAUCGGCAUAGUAAUGAAGAAGGCGAGCGCCAAGGGACAGAUGAUGAUGAUUUGUUUUCUGAUAGUUUUAUUUAUUGUUCUUUUCGUUCUGGUUUUCUUGACCUAGUUAGCAUACUUUGUUUUCUUA